UUUGGCCUCAAUGAUCAUUUCUCAACAAUUCCUCACCGCAGGAGCCUCUGAAGCUCCCACCAGGCCAGCUCUCCUCCCGCAACAGCUUCCCACAGCAUGAAGAUCUCCGUGGCUGCCAUUCCCUUCUUCCUCCUCAUCACCAUCGCCCUAGGGACCAAGACUGAAUCCUCCUCGCGGGGACCUUACCACCCCUCAGAGUGCUGCUUCACCUACACUACCUACAAGAUCCCGCGUCAGCGGAUUAUGGAUUACUAUGAGACCAACAGCCAGUGCUCCAAGCCCGGAAUUGUCUUCAUCACCAAAAGGGGCCAUUCCAUCUGUACCAACCCCAGUGACAAGUGGGUCCAGGACUAUAUCAAGGACAUGGAGGAGAACUGAGUGACCCAGAAGGGGUGGCGAAGGCACAGCUCAGAGACAUAAAGAGAAGAUGCCGAGGCCCCCUCCUCCACCCACCCCUAACUCUCAGCCCCAGUCACCCUCUUGGAGCUUCCCUGCCUUGAAUUAAAGACCACUCAUGCUCUUC